GACCUCCUCCCAUUCCAAGACUUUGAUCAAUUAUUUCCUCAGCUUAGCCUCCUAUUUGUGAAGGAAGGCCGCAGGUGACUUCCAGGCAAACGCAGCGAAAAGAUCAAUCUCUCCAUCGUCCUCUCAAAAUGAAGAGAAAGAGAGGGGGACUAAAGACGGCGAUGGAAGCUUCGACAAGCACUAGCCAUGGUGGUAGAUCCCGGGACUUUGAUGUGUUCCUUAGCUUCAGAGGGCCUGAUUCCCGCUUAACCAUAGCGGAUUCUCUAUACAAUGCCAUGAUCUGCGCAGGGAUCCGUGCUUUUAAAGACAACGAAGAGCUCCAUGUCGGCGAAAGGAUCGGAGGUGGCCUCUCACAAGCAAUCAACGAAUCCAAAAUUUACAUCCCGAUUUUCUCCAAAGGCUACGCUUCGAGUAAGUCAUGCCUCCGUGAGCUCGCACAAAUGGUGGACUGCACGAGAAGAUCGGCGGACGGCGAGCAAAAAGUGAUCCUCCCUAUUUUCUGUGACGUGGAUGCAGAUGAUGUCAAGCUUAAGACCGACCUGUAUCAGGAAGCCCUCCAAAACCACAAGAACGACUCCGGGGAGGAUUUAGUGAAGCAGUGGGAGGAGGCUUUAAGAGAGGUUGGCAGAAUUAUGGGAAAGAAUCUCAAAGAUCACGGUGGAUGACCUGAUCAAGACAGAGUUACAUAGGAAGAAAGUCUUGAUUGUUCUUGAUGACAUCGACAACCGGGACCAAAUCAUGAGACUUGCUGGCGAGCCCAACUGGUUUGGUGGGGGUAGUAGAAUCAUC